UUGCAGGAAAUGAUGAGGGAUUAACUCCAAUACUCGAGAAUGCUUUAUCUAAACGACAAGAUAUUCCAUUCAUGACCAUUGAGAAUGAAGGAUCAACAGAAAGAAUAAAUGGAACGUACCGCUAUGUAUUGCAUCUUUAUGGUCGCCUUAUUAAUGGUCAAAAGGCACUAGUAACUCUUAAAGACAUUCGGGUAUUCUUUGAUAUUCUUGUGCCAGAUGACGAAUCUCCCGAUGAAUGCGAAACAAAAAUAAGGAAUAUUUUAUCUGGUAGUGUGAAGUCAUUUUCAAUAGAGCAUAUUAAGGCAUUUCCUUUUCGUGGCUAUCAUACAGAAAAAAAGUCAUAUUUGCGAAUUUAUACAAACAGUACUGGUGGUAGAAAAACUGCUAUUAAAGCUGUCCAAAAUAAUAACUUCGAAACUGCUUCAGAUGGUUUAUACUCAUUUCACCGUAAGGUAGCUCGAGAGAAUGAUAUUCAACUCUCUGGAUGGUCUACAAUAAACAAAUAUAUUUACAAGCAAGGCAAAAAAACCAGCCCGCUUUGUCCACACGAAUUCUACGUAUCUAUAAAAGAUUUCUGUCCACUGGAAGAUUUUACAAUAAUAAGCGACCGAUUUCCCAUUUCAGCUCUCUUACGAGAUCGUACUCUUGUUCUCAUUUGGGAUAUAGAGACGCAAUCACAAGAAUUGGGUGAAUUUGCUGAAGUCCUUGAUCUGAAUAAUAAU